ACACGCUUUACUCGGCUUAGUCAUAACGCUUUCUCGGAUUUUGCGGCUAAACGCUGCUUAGGAAAAAAAUCCCCCCAAAGAGAAGAUGGAGGUGCAUACUUCCAGGUACGGGAAAUUCUGGCAAGUCUAUCUACGUAAUCUUAUCUUCACUUCUUCUCAUCACCAUUUGCAGGUGCUGCGAUCACACCUAUUCUGUCAAUCAUGCUGGCGACAAGAGUUUCGCCCUAUGCUAUCGGCGCAUUACAGAAUGCAUCUCGAUCCGCCCUUCUUACAGCCACACGACAAGAAGCAAAGCGACAGAUUCAUUCGACUGCGAAACCAAUGAUGAACAAGGUAUGGAGUACUACACAACAAAGCAAGCUCGCCUCUCCUCUUCAAAGAGCAGCCGUUCCUCACAGAUCAUUCCAUGCUUCGGCAAGACAGCAGCAUGGAGGUAUCGAGAGACCCGAACCGGGAAAAGGUAUCAAAGUCACUUUUCGUGAUAGCAAAGGACAAGAUAUCAGAACUGUAGAAGUGAAUGCAGGAGAUGACCUUUUGAGUAUAGCACACGAGUACGAUAUAGAUUUAGAAGGAGCCUGCGAAGGAAGCAUCGCUUGUUCUACUUGUCACGUCAUCCUUGAUCCGGAUGUGUAUGACAAGCUAGAAGAGCCAGGAGACGAUGAGAAUGAUAUGCUUGAUUUAGCAUUCGGUCUAACGGAUACCUCUCGGCUAGGAUGUCAGGUCAAGAUUACCAAAGAGUUGGAUGGAAUGGUUGCACAACUACCUAGCGCAACUCGGAAUAUGUAUGUCGAUGGCGCAAAAGGUGGACAUGGUCACUAGACUCGCAUCUCAUCAAAAAGCACACCACUCAAUCUGUCAAAUUACACUUAUUCCAUGUAUCGCAAUAUGAACAAAAUUGUACUCAUUUACCGCUAAAUCAACUAUCUACCGAUACGAACAACACGUUUGCGUUGUCGUCUGCUCAAUUGUUGCAUCGGAUCUUUCUUUUUCGCUUCAGCUGCUUUCUUUGCUUCUUCAGCCGCAUCUGCUUCUUCUUCAUCGUCAUCUCCACCCAUACCCA